AUGACUGAACAGAUUACGCUUUACACUGCCAAGAUUUGCCCAUGGGCUCAGAGGGUUGAACUGGCGCUCCAAGAGGCGAAAGUCGAGUACACUCGCUAUGAAAUUGACCUGGAGAACAAGCCCACAUGGUACGCCAGCAAGGUGAACCCCGCAAGCAAGGUGCCAGCUCUUGCCUACGGCGGUCCAAAAGUAUCGCCAGACACUCCGUCAGAGGAGUCAGUAAAACUGGCGGAGUCUGGAGUUCUCCUGGAAUUUGUCGCGGACAUCUCUGGCCUUCUACUCCCAAAAGAUGCCGUCUCGCGUGCCAAGGCUCGCUUCUUCAUCGAAACGGCGACGGCCAAGUUCUCCCCCGCAUUUUAUGGUGCUGUUGCUCGGGGUGAAUCACCAGAGGGCAUCUUGACCGUUAUCGAGACCAUUCAAGCGUUGCUCCCUGCGGAGGGGUAUGCUGUAGGAGAAUACACCAUUGCUGACGCCGCCAUCACUCCCCUCUUCGCUCGUGCGAACGUCGCGCUGAAGAACGAUAUCGGAGCCUAUGAUGCCGGCGAAGGCGUACGGGUAUAUAAUAUCUUGCAGUCAGAUCCGAAGUUUGCAAGGUUCCGAAAGUACUAUGACGACGUUACGGCUAGGGACACCUUCAAGGAGACGUUCCAUGAAGUGAGCAGUUUCCGUCGCCCGAUGUCCUCGGUCGUACUGACGUGCCUCCGACGUAGGAGUAUCUGA